AUGCCUCCCCCACCCCCCGCCCCUCCCGUCUUCUACUCGUUCAAGGACAAUGAGACCCUUGUCGACUCGCUUGCCAACUUUGUGAUCAAGGCGCAGCGCGACGCCGUCGACAAGCGCGGCAAGUUUACGCUUGCGCUGUCUGGUGGUUCGCUGGCGGCCAACCUCCGUGGCCUGGCCGGCCAGGAGAACGUGCAGUGGGACAAGUGGGAGAUCUUCUUCUGUGACGAGCGUGCAGUGCCGCUCGAAUCGGAGGACUCAAACUACCACUCCAACUACGUCUCGUUCCUCCAGCAUGUCCCAAUCCCCCCCAAGCAGAUUCACACGAUCAACACCGAGUACCUCAACGACCUCGAGGAGCUGGCAGACGACUAUGAGAAGCAGCUUGUCAACCAGUUUGCCGCCGCCAACGCCGCCCGCUACCCUACCUUUGACCUCAUGCUCCUCGGUAUGGGCUCCGUCGGCGAGACGUGCUCGCUGUUCCCAGGAUCCGAGGUGCUGUCCGAGCGCGACGCAUGGGUCACUUCUCUCGACGAUGCCCCCAACGGACCCCCCCGUCGUAUCACCAUGACCAUCCCUGUCCUCACCCACUGCUACCGCGCCGUCUUCGUUGUCUCGGGCCCCGAAAAGGCCGAGCUGCUGCACACGGUUCUGGACGAGCCCGAGACUGGUCUCCCUUGCUCGCGCGUGCGCCCCGCUGCUCCCGGACUUGUGUUCUGGUUCGCCGACGCCGAGGCUGCCAGCCAAACAAAGUACCCGCCUACGACCUUCCGCUGGAUCGACAACCAGAAGGAGGCGGAGGAGGCCGUUGCCGCCGCCAAGAAGCGUGCCGAGCAGCGUGCCGCCCAGGCCGAGGACCAGUAG